AUGGCCGCUACAUCAUCAACACAUACACCUAUUACACAGGAAAAAGUUAAUAAAGCUAAAAUGUCUAUUGAGAAUUUUUACGCAAAUUUAGUCAAUCAAUAUGAAGAAAGAGAAGAAAGAUAUCGUCGAUUGGAAGAAACAAUGAAUGCUGAAGGAUUAUCUGAUCAAGAAAAACUUGAAAAACGUCAUUUACAUGCAGCAAAAGAAACCGAAUAUUUACGUUUGAAACGUGUAAAAAUGAGUGCAGAUGAUUUUGAACCAUUAAAAGUUAUCGGACGAGGUGCUUUUGGAGAAGUUCGUCUUGUACAAAAACGUGAUACAGGACAUAUAUAUGCAAUGAAAAUUUUACGUAAAGAAGACAUGUUAUUACGUGAACAAGUAGCACAUGUACGUGCUGAACGAGAUGUACUUGUUGAAGCUGAUCAUACAUGGACUGUUAAAAUGUUUUAUUCAUUUCAAGAUGCUCGAAAUUUAUAUUUAAUUAUGGAAUUUCUUCCUGGUGGUGAUUUAAUGACAUUAUUAAUUCAAAAAGAAAUAUUUAGUGAAGAUAUGACGCAAUUUUAUGUUGCAGAAACAGCAGAAGCUAUUGAAUCAAUUCAUAGACUUGGAUUUAUUCAUAGAGAUAUUAAACCAGAUAAUCUUUUACUUGAUGCAAAAGGCCAUAUAAAAUUAUCAGACUUUGGUCUAUGUACAGGUUUGAAAAAAGCACAUCGAACAGAAUUUUAUCGUGAUAUUCAAAGCAUGCGACCACAAGAUUUCACAGCGACACCAGUUGAUUCCAAACGACGAGCUGAAACAUGGAAAAGAAAUCGUCGUGCUUUAGCUUAUUCAACUGUCGGUACACCAGAUUAUAUUGCACCAGAAGUAUUUAAACAAUGUGGUUAUAAUAAUAAAGCUGAUUGGUGGUCAUUAGGUGUAAUUAUGUAUGAAAUGUUAAUUGGUUAUCCACCAUUUUGUGCUGAAAAUCCACAAGAAACCUUUCGUAAAGUAAUGAAUUAUCGUGAAACACUUAUUUUUCCACCUGAAUUACCCAUAUCAAAUGUUGCUAAAGAUCUUAUACUUAGAUUUUGUACGGAUGCUGAUCGACGUUUAGGUUCAUUAGAUGAAAUUCGAAAUCAUCCAUUUUUUUUGGGUGUUGAUUGGGAUCAUAUACGAGAUCGACCAGCUGCUUAUCAACCACGUGUUAAAUCAAUUGAUGAUACAUCUAAUUUUGAUGAUUUUCCUGAUGUUGAUCUUAAAUUACCUUCGCCAGCAAAAGAUACUGAAGUUCAAGUUCAUGAUUGGCUUUUUAUAAAUUAUACAUAUAAACGUUUCGAUGGUUUAACAGCUAAACCAAAAUUAAAAAUGUCUGCAUCAUUAGCUUCAUCAUCAAACUGA